AUGUCUUUCGGAAUGGCAGACCGGCAUCAGGUGCGCGCCCACGACUCCAAGCCCGACAGCAACACAGAGAGCAAGAAUGCUGAGCAACACAGCGACGACAGGAACAUCUCAGCUAACGAUAUCUUGGACGACCUCCCUCCUAUCAUUGAGCUGGACCCCAAGGAUCUUUUAAUCGUCAAGGACGGCACCGUUCGCGUCGCCGAGUCUCUCGAUCGUGAACAGCAACAGUUCGACGCCAAUGGAGAAAUCGUCAAGGCUUCUGGUACCUGGACUAAGGCUGAACAUGAACGUUUCCUACGCGCUAUGGAGACUUUUCCUAAAGGUCCAUGGAAGGCCAUUGCCGAGAUGGUGGCUACCCGUACGGUGCGUCAAACGCAGACGCACGCUCAGAAGUACCGGGAGAAGCUUGCGCGCCGUAUGCGCGGUCUCCGCAACCGUAACGGAACCCUCCAGAGCCCACCGAUGACAGUUGGUGUGGUCCCGGGAAUGAGCUACUCUCAACACGUCUCCCCCUACAUGAACGUGCACGCGCGUGUCUAUCAGCAGACUCCUCACCCUGGCGUCAUGGGCUACGUAGCCCCGGGUACGGCUCACAUAGUAUCAGCCCCAAUGACCUCCAGAGCCAUCCCUUUGGCGCGUGCUACUUCGCUACCGGCUAUGCCCAUCCACCGUUCGUCGUUUCACCACCACCCUACCACCUACGCCUCGACUCCUAUGUCAGCUUCAAUGACUAUGGUGAGUUCGGAGUUCAGCCAAUUGAGCACGUCUACCAUUUUAAGUGCCUUCAUCGGAAACGCCUCCUACCCUGCUCCAUGGACUUCCUCAUGGAUGUGUACUCGUCCAACCCCAACCAGAUCAACACGGUGA